AUGUCCGACACUGGAAGGCCCACUAACCCAGAUGGUUUGGUUCUUGAAGCCUGGGGUCAGGGCUUUAUGCUUGGUAGUCUGCUGAUCAUGGCUGCCAUCACUGUCUGCAACAUGAAGAAGCAUAUUCUUCUUCACAAGCUUAUUCUGGCCGAGUUAAUUCUGGCCAUGGCCAAUGGCACAUUCAUUUUCCCCCAUGAUCCGGUCUAUGGCUGGUAUCAAUCCGUCACAGCCAUAGGCCUCAACAUCUCCUGGGCUCUGCACAAUGUCAUUGCCUGGAUGAAAAACAAACCUUUUCUAUCACGCCGUCUCUCAAUGAUCUACAUCAUCACGGUCAUGCUUUGCUGGCCGUACUGGAUCGUCGAGAUUUAUGCAAAUUUCACCUACUUCAACAAUAUCAACACAAUAUUCCUGAAGACACGUCCCCUUGAGCCGCUUUUUCGAGAUCCCUGGUGGGUCUUCACUACCGUCUCCCUCUUCUGGACCAUCAAGCGCGAAUAUAAUUUCGGAUUGUGGGAGCUAGUCCAAAUAAGCCCACGAUUCGGAAUCAUGCUACUUUCGAUGUGCCUAUCAAUUGCCUUUAUUAUUGUCGACCUGCUCAGCGUUCUCAACGUCUUUACUGACUCGCUGCCUACGGGUAUUGAGCCCUUUUGGAAGUUAUCUUUCAUCUUCAAAUGUCUCUGCGACACAGUAAUCCUUGACGACUUCAAAACUGCCCUCGACCACAUGCGCAACUACUGGUUACGCAAGCAGGCCAGCGAUGAGUUAUUACUGGCGAGCCCCUAUGGGCACUCACCACGACAUGUCGCCGCGGUCGGUGAUGAUAUCGAGGCAGCCACUGGGCCGAUCGGUGCACAUAGGCUUGUGCGUAGUAAAAAGUCUUUCUCUGUGCCGAGAGUUGUGCUCAGGGAGAAUGUAUAA